UAAACAGCUGAUUGCACGACAUUCACCGGUCUGAGAGUUCAUAUUUUGGAAAAUGUAAGAGAAUUUGAAUAAUGUCUUUUAAGCAAAUUUAAAACAAAUUUCCAACCUUGAAAGAAAAAAUAAUUGACAAAAUGACAACAUUGAGGUUGCUGACGCGCAUUGGUCAAACUGUUUGGCACCAGCGACAAGGAAUGCAACUGUCAGUCUUGGGUAACAUCAAGUACAGAUCACGGUCCUUGCUGAACUCUCAUAGCACAACACAAUGCAUAUCCCUUGCACCCUUCGUAAGUAGUCGACAUUCAUUCAGCACAAAAAAGUCUGCGGACUUAGCUGGUAAAACCGAUACGAAAUCAUCUCCGGUUUUAGCCGAUGAGGAUCUUUUUGGUGAUGCCUCUAAACUUGGACUAUUUGCGAAAUUCAAAUUGAUGUACAAAAAGUACUGGUAUGUGCUUUUACCUGUACAUGUUGUUACAUCGAUUGGUUGGUUUGGAGGUUUCUACUAUUUGUCAAAAAGUGGCGUAGAUAUUCCAUUGCUGCUACAACAUAUGCAUGUUAGUGAAAGUAUAGUAGAACGCUUCCAAAACUCUAGUAUGGGGCACUAUGCGAUAGCCUAUCUUUGUUAUAAAGUGGCGACUCCCCUUCGUUAUGCCGUCACUUUAGGUGGUACAACGGUGUCUAUAAAAUAUCUUGUUCAAGCCGGACAUAUUAAACCCAUUCCUAGCAAAAGAGAACUAAUGCAGAUGUAUGAAAAAAAUAAAGCGGAUAGAGCUGCCGCGAAAUUAGAAGAGGUUGACGAAAAACAAAAGAGCAAGGACAACCAAUGAAUAAUACUGAAGUGAUAUUCACCAAAUAUUAAAAUACCUUAAGAAACGAAUUCUAUUUGUAAUAUAAUUCUAUAGUUCUUAAGUCCUGAUUUGACGAUCAAAACAGUAAAAGCUGGUGGGGAAUGAACAUUUUCUUACUUUUUCUUAUUUUAAAGAGAUGUAUUCAUUCAUAUACCAAGUUAUUUUUACUGUAAAAAGUACUUUUUAGUUUUUUUACUUGUUACAAUAAUGCAGGACUAAAAUACAACAUGCGGUAUAAAUAUAUAAAAACAAAAAAAAAUUGGUAGGAUUUUAUGUAAACACAAUUUAAAGAGAUGGUAUGAAAUGUGUACUUCUGUCUGUUCUGUAGUAAGCUUGAGUUCUAUACUAUACGAGUCUAUGGCAACUAUAGCAACGACAAAUAAAACAAAACAAAUAGGACAUUUAAUGUCAACAAAUCUAAAUGAAAAUUGAAAAAUACAUAUUUUGUGAAAAAAUAGUACAUAAAAAGCGAAAAUAUAUUUUGUUAAUUUAA